AUGAAGACGCCCGCGCCGCCUUCCAGAGGUCUCCUGCGCUUCCUGCGGUCUCAGUCCGACUUUGUCUUCGGCAGCCCCAGUCGAUCCGUCCUUCUACAACCUCCAAGCACGGCACGAUCCUGUCGGCGCCUGUGCACUUCCUCGCACCGGUCCUCGCCAAAGCAGCAGAUCCCCCACGACGAUCUAUGGCACCGGUAUCGUGAGCCGUGCAAGGCCCUGCCGCCUCCGAGGCUGGCUCCUCCCAAUCCGCCGCAGGCCCGAAAUGCCAGCACACGAACUCACAGUCUAGGCUUCUGGCGCCGUUGGCUACGGCGCAAGGAAGCUGCUUCGCGCUUCAAGCAGCCACCAGAUCCCCCGGCGCGUCCAUCGAGCUACGACGAGACGUCGGCACAACUCUUCAACCUCUCCCGAGCCCUUUCGCGCAACCAUUCAGGCGCGGAUCUGAAACUCCGUUGCACCGAACUCGACGCAAAUGGCUCCGUCACCCUCGUUUCUGGCGAGUUCAAGAAAUCAGAACUGAUUGCAAAAUAUGGGCUUCUACCCCGUGAUCUACGCAAGAUAGACUCUUCGGUUCUACCGCAUAUCCUUGUCCGCCCGACAGCAAUCCUCAUCAAUCUCCUCCACCUCCGGGUACUCAUCCAGUCCGACAGGGUGUUGGUGUUUGACGCAUACGGGAGCACAGACUCUUACACGCAGUCUCUAUUCAUGUAUGAUCUAGAGGGCAAAUUGCGGCAGAAGGCGGAUCCAAGGAAUGGUUCCACAUAUCUUCCCUAUGAGUUCCGGGCUCUUGAGGCGGUUCUGAUCUCGGUGACGUCUGGUCUGGAAGCGGAAUUCGCGUUGGUCCGCGAGCCGGUGGUGCAUAUCUUGCGCGAGCUCGAAGAGGACAUCGAUCGCGACAAGUUGCGACACUUGCUUAUCCAUUCGAAAAAGCUAGGUACCUUCGAACAAAAGGCCCGUCUCGUGCGAGACGCCAUCGACGACCUCCUCAAUGCCGAUGAUGAUCUGUCUGCCAUGUAUUUGACUGAACGAAAAUUAACGGGCAAGCCUCGAGACGAGGACGACCAUCAAGAGGUGGAGAUGCUUCUUGAGUCGUAUCACAAAAUCUGUGACGAGAUCGUCGAGAUUUCCGGCAACUUGAUCAGUAACAUCCGCAACACGGAAGAGGUGAUCAAGGCAAUCCUGGACGCCAACCGAAACCAGCUGAUGUUGCUGGAGAUCAAGUUCAGCGUCGGAACCCUAGGUUUGGCCGGUGGCACCCUUAUCGCCGGACUUUAUGGCAUGAAUGUCAAGAAUUUCGUCGAGGAGUCCGACCUCGCCUUUGGUGGAGUCAGCGCUGUCUGUUUCGUGCUGUCCGCCGUGAUCUGCGUCUAUGGCAUGCGCAAGUUGCGCAAGGUGCAGAAAGUCCGCAUGUGGGGCGAGGGACCAGACACUUGGGGCCAGCGCAGCAGGAUAGCAGGACGCGGCAACUGGCGCAGCGAAGCUGUGGAAAGCCAGGCCCAGCGGUUCGCGAGGUUGAAAGGGGGAGUCACCAAUAUCGGCGACACUCCCUCGAGACCGGUCCUCUGGCCGGGUAUGGAUGGGCUGGGCAUGCACAAGCUGAACGUUGAAGCCGACGACACUCCGCGAGGCGACAGUGCUGAUGCUACCAAUAGCGAUGCGGAUGCAGGGUCGGAGUCUCCCAGCGUGACUUUUCAGGACGACGUGGAUGACGUCGAAGCACAAAUGAAGGCGGAUGCACAGAAGCCGAAGGGCGUCGUGGAGAAAGACGACCGUGCUUGA